GAGAUGGCAUCCCGCAUUGUUGGAUAUCCUCGCAUGGGCCCCAAGAGGGAGCUCAAGUUCGCCCUGGAGUCAUUCUGGGAUGGAAAGAGCAGCGCCGAGGAUUUGCAAAAAGUCGCAGCUGAUCUCAAGUCGUCCAUCUGGAAGCAGAUGGCCAAUGCCGGCAUCAAGUACAUUCCCAGCAACACCUUCGCAUACUAUGAUCAGGUGCUCGACACCACCGCGAUGCUCGGUGCCGUUCCUCCCAGAUAUCGUUGGAAUGGUGGGGAGAUUGGAUUCGAUGUUUACUUCUCAACGGCCAAAGGGAAUGCCUCUGUCCCUGCUAUGGAAAUGACCAAGUGGUUUUACACCAACUACCACUACACGGUUCCCGAAUUGGGUCCCGAUGUCAACUUCUCUUUUGCAUCUCCGAAGGCCGUCAACGAGUACAAGGACGCCAAGAGGCUUGGAGUAGAUACUGUUCCGGUCCUUCUUGGCCCGGUGUCUUAUCUGCUGCUAUCCAAGCCUGUAAAUGGUGUUGACAAGACCUUUUAUCUUCUGUCCCUCGGAAAAUUACUUCCCAUCUACAAGAAAGUUGUGUCCGAACUUAAGGUAGCUGGCGCUGCAUGGGUUCGGUUUGAUGAGCCCACCCUUGUGUUGGAUCUUGAUUCUCACCAACUGCAAGCAUUCUCUGAAGCAUCAGAACUAGAAUCAUGUCUUUCUGGCGUAAAUGUUCUCGUCCAAACCUAUUUUGCUAAUAUUCCUGCUGAGGCAUAUAAAGUUCUUACUUCCUUGAAGGGCGUCCCUGGAUUUGGAUUGGAUAUCAUCGAUGGAGACAAGACUCUUGAUUUAAUCAAGGGUGGUUUCCCCACAGGCAAGUAUCUCUUUGCUGGAGUUGUCGAUGGAAGGAACAUCUGGGCCAAUGAUCUUGCUGAAACACUCAGCACCCGCCAUGCUCUCGAGAGCACCGUGGGAAAAGAAAAAGUUGUGGUCUCCACCUCUUGCUCUCUUUUGCACACUCCUGUCGACCUAGUUAACGAGACUGAGUUAAAUGAGGAAAUGAAGCCAUGGCUUGCAUUUGCUACUCAGAAGGUCGUUAAAGUCAAUGCCUUGGCCAAGGCAUUGGCUGGACAAAAGGAUGAGGAAUUCUUCUCAGCUAAUGCUGCUGCUCAGGCCUCAAGAAAGUCCUCUCCGAGAGUAAAAAACGAAGCUGUCCAAAAGGCUGCUGCUGCUUUGGAGGGCUAUGAUCAUCACCGUGCCACAGCUGUGAGUGCUAGACUUGAUGCUCAGCAAACGAAACUUAAUUUGCCAGUCAUCCCAACAACCACCAUUGGCUCCUUCCCUCAGAGCGAGGAACUCAGAAAAGUGCCCCGUAAGUUUGAGGACAAAAGGUGA